GCAAUCAAUUCAAAAGCACCAGAUUAGGAAAACGAUGUAUUUCAAAAUUCUAAUGCGAAUGUGGAACGAAGCCUGAAGAAACUUGUUGACUAGCGAUUGGUCCAGUCGUUGUGGCAGAAGCGUCAAUUCGGACACUCCAGGGUCUUUGGACCCCACCAAGCGCCAUCCAGGAAGAGUCAUCGACAUUCUAUUGAAAUGACGGCAAUCCAUAAGUAAUUUGUAAACAAACAAAAUUCUAGAUUGAUAUUUACGGUUUGGAAAAUGGCCCCACUUCCACGUGUGGAUAUUGAUCAGCCCAAAUAUGACCAGAGUACGUAUCUGGGCAGGGCGAAGCACUUCUUUCUGGUCACCAAUCCCCUCAAUGUGCUCGCCACCAACAAGAAGCUGGAGGAGGCCCGCCAGAUCGUGUUGAAGUACAGAGCCGGCAAGGACGUACCCGAGUGCGAGACGAUUGACGACGUGUGGCGGGCAAAGUACCUGUACGAUUCAGCCUUUCAUCCGGAGACGGGCGAGAGGCAGAUCAUUAUUGGCCGGAUGUCGGCGCAAAUGCCCAUGAACACGUUCAUCACUGGCGGCAUGAUGGCCUUCUACAAGACCACUCGCGCCGUUGUCUUCUGGCAGUGGUUCAAUCAAACCUUCAACGCCAUCGUCAACUACACAAAUCGGUCGGGCGCUUCGCCCGUCAGCAAGUCGCAGCUAAUGACCUCGUACUGCCUGGCAACCAGCGGAGCCCUGGCCACGGCGCUGUCUCUCAACCGGGCCGUAAAGAAGAUGAGUCCGCUGGUGGGUCGACUGGUCCCACUGGUGGCCGUGGCCGCCGGCAACUGCAUUAACAUUCCGUGCAUGCGCAUGCAGGAGAUUCGCAACGGGGUCGUACUGCUGGAUGAGAAGAACACGGAGGUGGGCGUAUCCAGGAAGGCCGCCUGCCUGGGAAUCACGGCUGUGAUAUUGAGUCGCAUCGGCAUGGCCAUACCGGGCAUGACUAUGACCCCGGUAAUGAUGAACGUGCUGGAGCAGAGGGGGUUCCUGGCGAAAUACCCGAAUUGGAAUGCUCCCAUCCAAACUCUGUUCUGCGGCUUUGUGCUCAUCUUUGCCACACCCCUCGGCUGUGCGUUCUUCAGCCAGCGUGCUGCCAUCAAGGUGUCCAGCCUGGAGAAGAAGGUGCGCGAAAAUAUUCAGAAGAAACGUCCCGACCUGGACACCGUGUGGUACAACAAGGGCUUGUAAGCCGGUCAGCUGCAAAUUUAGAAGCCUGCCAAAGUCGUUUAUCUAUUUGCUCAUGCAUUUCACGCAUUUAAAAGACAUUUUCCAGACAAAUAUAUGUACACAUACCAGAAGA